AUGGCGGACUACCACGACGCCGGUGGGCUAAUUCUCGACGGCCCCUUUGAUCCCGACGCCCAGGCCACCGUCACGGACUACAUCGACUACACCGAAUACCUCCCCGCUGACCUCAUUCGCUCCCUAACUCUCAUCCGCGGCCUCGAUGAACGCUAUUUGGAAGCUACACAAGGCGUUCAUGAUCUCACCAAGGCCUAUGGCCAGCUGCCCACCCUCCCCUCGGACGUGCGUCCCGACGCGCGUGCUCUGCGCAAAGAUAUCUCCGAACAACUUGAUCGCGCCAUCAACGCCCGUGAAUCGGCAUAUGCGGAGGCUUGCCGUCUCUACGAUGUCAUUGAUCGCCACUUCAAUCGGCUAGACAGCAUCAAGCAAAAGCUCGAAGCUCUUCCUAAGCCCGCGUCGCGCGAACCCACUCCUCCUCCCGCGCCGCCCGUCACAUCAACCAAAAGAAGCCGCUCGACCAAGAAAACCGAGGAAGUUUCUGGCCCGCCCACCACGACGCGCAUCACGUUGCGCUUGGAUGGCCACGAAACUGCUCGCGCGACAACUGUGCAGAAGUCGCGCACACGCCGAUCUCUCAUCUCCGCCGAGCAUCUGGCCGACUUGCACCCCGAUUCGCCUAUUGCCAGCACAGAGCAUUCGGAUGUGGAGCCGGAUAGCAAAGUGACACCCUCAGAGUCACCCCCGGAGCCGGCAGCAGCGCCCGCCAAAAAGGAGAAGGGCCGUCGGCGAUCGCGGACCUCUGGAUUAGCUUCGACCGGUGCUCAAGGCCCUUCUGCUCCAGCCAUAUCGACCAGCAAUGCGUUAGCGAUGCUCAAGCCACCUCCUGACGACGCCAAACCUGGAAGUGAGGAUAUGCCAUGGUUGCGUUUGACUGAGUGGGAAAUGACGAAACUGCGGAAGAAGAUGAAGAAGAAUGCCGUUUGGCAGCCCAGCGAGGUUAUGAUUCAUCGCGAGCUGGCCUUGCGCGGCCGCGGCUGGGAGGCUUACCGGGCAGCGAAAGCGCAGGCCGAGGCCACUGGUGCUGAAUUCUUGGACUGUGACGACAUAAUGAACACGUACGUUCCGGGCAAGCUGACCAAACGCAGCGAGGCUACCGGCGAUACCGAGGGCACGUUCGAGACCAAGCUUAGCAACCGUGGCAUGAAGCUGAACGAGGCCAAGAAGCUCAAACGGGAGAACCAGGCCCGAGAGCAGGCGGCUGCCGCUGCCGCUGCCGCCGCUGCAGCAGCACAAGAACAAACAGCCAAGGAUGGAGUGCAGCCAGCAGUGGCUCCCAGUAAUUUACCCACAGCCAGUGUUCCAGAAGUUCCAGCUGUGAGCAAGCCCACUCGUGCAGGGAAAAAGAGGAAACUCGAAGAGGUGACACCCCCAGAGGUUCCCCCCAUUCCUUCAGCUCCCAUCCCCUCCGCAUCUUCUGCCCCAUCUGCUUCUGCUGCUCCCUCCACAUCUGAUGGUACCUCCAAUGUCGAACCCUCCGCACCCGACGGUCCCUCUGCUUCUACACCCUCUGUUCCUCCUACUGCUACCUCCGCUACUUCCCCUGUUCCUACUGCCCCCGCUGUCUCCGCUGCUCCUACUGCGCCUGUGGAAAUUGAAACCCGUCCUUCGCUGCGAAGCGCGACUAAACGCCGCCGAACUAGCAAAGGAUCCCCCACACCCGUUGAUCCAAACAUCGCCAUCCCUGAAGAAGCACCUACAGCUGCAGCAUCAGCUCCUACAGCUGUAGAAACCUCCGAGUCGCAGAAGCCUUCCUUACCGCCGUCUCCAAUUGGACCCAAGCGCGCCAUCGCACAACCCACGAUCACAGCCGCAAAAGCGGCUACGCCAACCCCCCCGGUUACCCGACCCCCAUCUCGCCGCUCGGCUGCUUUAUCAUUAGAACCAACCACCAAUGCCAGCGCCGUUGCACCUUCUACCAAGCGCGAACUCCGUCAGAAAAGCGCCACACCUGCUCGGAAGACUCCUGUGCCAGAAACUGCUCGAGCCGCCAGUGUGAGUGCUCCCAAUCGCAGGCGUAAACGCCCCGCACCCGGUCCUGUGUCUUCCGGUCAAGAUGGUGGUGCAGCGGUAAGCUACGGUCGCCGCAAAGCGAAGCCCGGCAAGAAGCGGAUUGGGACGCGUGAGGUUGGCCUAAAAGAUGGUACCCUGGCACGCGAGGACAUUCGAAUCGACGAGGAUGGAGUCCUCGAAGAGAUCGACCCGAACGAACCACGGUAUUGUCUUUGUGGAGACGUGAGUUUCGGGACGAUGAUCUGCUGUGAAAAUCAAGAGUGUGACCGAGAAUGGUUUCAUCUUGACUGUGUCGGGCUGUCCGAGGUACCAAGUCGCACGGCCAAAUGGUACUGUCCGGAUUGUCGGGUAAAGUUCAACAAGGGCGCAGACGGAAUAGUGAAAAACAAUCCGCGGAGAUGA